AUGAAUGUGAGGACACAUCCAUGUAUCUGCAUACGCAUGCAUGUGCAUGCUUUGCUUGUGCAUAUCUACAGCUAUAUGUUUGCAGGCAUAGGCGCUGAUGUGAAUGGUAAUAUUUCCAUUGGAGUAACUCCCUUAGGAUUGGCAGUUCAUGGUGGCUUGACUGAGAUUAUUAAAUGCUUACUGAAAGCUGGGGCUGAUGCAAAUAUACUUAAUAAAGAUGGGCUGAAGCCAAUUGAAAUUGCUGCAGUAUUUGGUAAACAGGAAGUAGUUGAAAUCCUUUUUCCUUCAACAUCCCCCAUUUCAAGUGUGCCAGACUGGAGCAUUGAUGGAAUUAUUACUGAUCUAAAAUCGAAAGUUCCCAAACAACUGCCCAAGAAGGUUUCACACAAUGGCUUUACACCAUUGAUGAUGUCUGUUCUUGCAGGCUCACUGCAAUGCAUGGAGGAACUGAUCGAGGUAAACAGCAUGAAGAGAUUAUAUGAAACUUGUGGUGGCUUGACUGAGAUUAUUAAAUGCUUACUGAAAGCUGGGGCUGAUGCAAAUAUACCUAAUAAAGAUGGGCUGAAGCCAAUUGAAAUUGCUGCAGUAUUUGGUAAGCAACAAGAUGUUAAAAUCCUUUUCCCUUCAACAUCCCCCAUUUCAAGUGUGCCAGACUGGAGCAUUGAUGGAAUUAUUACUGAUCUAAAAUCGAAAGUUCCCAAACAACUGUUACAUAUUCAUAGCCAAGUUGUGCAGAACCCUGCUUUGGAAUACUAG